AUGAUGAUUCAUCAAAAGCCCAUCAAAGAGGUUAAUCGAUUCUUUUCACAUAUCUUUAAUCCAUUUGAGGCUUUUGGUUUCCGGUCUUCGUCGUCCAAGGAUGCCAACGAUGAGAUACAAGAACGCGACAUAUUGGCCGACUAUCAAGAUGAUAAUGUGGCCUUUAUAAGUCCACUGUUUGUGGGUUCUUCGAAUGCCGCCGACGGUGGUGAUUUAAAUGUUUUCAAAUUAUUCUGUGAAAACACUUCCGUGUCGAACAUAAACGAAGAGCUUAAAGCGAAAAAGUAUAUCAAAUAUACCCAUAUCACCCUACAGCAUUGUUAUGGCGGCAGUGCAACAGAUGGUGGCCACUUGCUCCAACUGCAACAGCUGGAAAGUGUCCAAAAUUUCCAAUGGAUAUCGAGCGCAGUGCGGGAUCCUCAAUUGGAAGAUCUUUUCAGCCGGUAUGAAUCAAAUUUUGAAUAUUUAGAAGUUUUAGAUCUAUCCGAUAAUCAGGUGGAAUGCAUUAGCUGGAUAAGAGCACAUGUUUCGAGACGUUUAAAAGUACUUAAGCUUUCGAGCAAUCGUAUCGAUUCUCAACAGUGUAAUUUCUCGCCGCUUCAUCACACCAAUCUGCUGAGAGAGUUGCGCUUGGACAACAAUCGUUUGCGUACCCUUAACGGGGCAUUCCUUAAUAAUUUAAGCGAAUUGAAGGUUUUGAAUUUGACGCAGAACCAAAUAGUUGAUCUGCCGCGCAACACUUUCGAUGGUGUUUUCAAAUUACAAAGACUAUACCUGGCUCACAACGACCUACAGGUGUUGCCCUUCCAACUGUUCCGUUCGAUGAGAGACUUGCAGAUCUUAAAUUUGGCCGACAACAAGCUGUUAUCGUUUCCCGACAAUUUCUUCGCCCUCAACAAUGAGCUGAGACUGUUGCUGUUGCAGCGCAAUCACCUGCAAAGUAUCAACAAGAAUUCCUUUUACAAUCUUCAGAAGCUGUUACACUUGGAUUUAUCGGUGAAUCACAUCACAAGCAUCGAUCGCAAAGCAUUCGAGUCGUUGAGCAAUUUAAUUACUCUCAACAUAUCAUCGAAUAACCUAACAACAAUUUCCUCCAUACUAUUCCAUCCGUUGCAACGAUUGCAGCAUUUGGACUUGAGUAAUAAUCGCUUUACCCAACUACCCAGUGGCAUACUGAUGCAUCAGCGAAAUCUAAUCUCGUUCCGUUUGGAACACACGCCAAUCGAAAAGUUCAACAAUUUGGUGUCACGCACCGAUGUCUCACAUGUCGAUCCGACAAUAUUGAAGCAUUUGUCACACUUUUCGCUGCAAUACAAUCCAAAUUUAAAGAAACUUCCCAAAACUCUAUUCCUAAAUGCACCAAACAUAAAGGUGUUACUACUCGCCCACAAUGGGCUGCAACAACUACCCCCAGAAAUUGCCCAUCUCCAAUAUCUGGAACGUCUCAAUGUGGGACACAACAAUCUCUCCUAUUUACCCGAAUCGUUAAGAUACCUGCCAAAUCUACGAUUUAUAAACAUUUUAAAUAACGAUUACAUUUGCAAUUGCAAGCUAUAUUGGCUUGCCUCGUGGCUAACAUCGACGAAUAAUACACUGCGUUUACAUCGACAUACAUUGACGGGGGCAGCAACGUCGUCGUCAAGCAGUAAUUACCUCAUAGCCGAUAGCAGCCCGCCCAUCAGUGAUGUCGAUAGCGACGAAGAAUUUACCUCAUCGGAAAAGGCUGAAGAUUUAGAUUUAUUGAUAUCCUCACUGAAGUGUCUACACGGUUAUCCCGGUGAUAUGAUACAAAUAUUGAAGUCGUUGAACUGUACGAAACCGGCGCUGUUGAAUUCGACCGAUUUGAAAAUGCAUGAAUUGCAUUCGACGGCAAAAUUAGAUUGUAGUUUUUCCGGCAGUCCAGCGCCAGAUGUUAUUUGGGUUACACCAACUAACAAGAUACUACGUUAUCAUGCUGAUCCAGAUAAACGGCCAAUUAUUAUCAAUCACAAUGACAAAGAAUUGGGCAAGUUUGAGUUUAACUCUUUGACGAACGAAGAUACAACGUUGAAUGUCAGCCUGCAGCGACAAGAUGCCAAGGAACGUGUGGCAUUAAUUGAAAAUGGUUCAUUGCUGAUAAACAAUAUAACACGACGUGAUAGUGGCCUUUAUACCUGUUAUGCUUACAAUGUUAUGGGUAAUGCAUCGGCUUUUAUAAGAUUACAAAUAGAUCCCAUUAUUUUCUAUCGCGUUAAAAUCGGUAGUUUACUAUCGGGUACAGCAGCAGCCACCGCCUUUUUACUCCUAACCCUAAUUGUUCAAGGUUUUAGGCAAAUAUUUAAUAGAUUUGGUAUAUUUGAUAAAUUCACUUGCUGUGCAAAACGUAACAAGAAAUCACCGAGAGCUCGCCAAAUCUACGCCAUGUUGGAUAGUAUUGAGAAUUAUAAGAGUCAACAAUUGGAACGUUUAAGGGAAAAUUAUGCUCAGCAAGUCCAUCGUAUACGUGAAAAUUGUACACAACAAGUUGAAUGGAUACAAAAUAGUUACUCAUCUCAGGCUAAACAUUUGAAAGAAUUUCGUGAUAUGGGCUCAAAUCAUUUGACAGCGCUUAAGGAUCAAUAUUAUGAUCAGGUGAAAAAGGUUCGUGAAUAUUCCACCGGUCAAUUGAAUUGGGUACGCGAAAAUUAUGUCUUCCAACGCAAUAAAAUACGCAAAUUCAGCGCCCAUCAAGUAUUGCGUCUACGCGAAGGUUACAAAUAUCAACAGCAGACAUUGAAUAAAGUUCUUGAGAAUUUACCCAGUUUCUAUUUUGAGAAUUGUCGUGGUCGCGGUGAAGAAGACUAUGCCGAAGACAUUGAUAUGUAUUUCAAGACAAAAAUGGGCACCACAAAUGAUCCGCACCAUACGAAUUUACAAAUACUCAAAUCAAAACUGUUGGCCAAUUGUCCGUCAAAUAAAGCUUCCAUUUGCUAUGCCGCCGCACCAUCACAACAGAAGCUGCAGGAACAGGAUGAACACAACAAACGUCGUUCCCAAUUGAAUUUACAAACAUCACCGAUACACAUUAAUUACAUAAAUGAGAACGUCGAUCAUCGUCGACACGAAUUGGAAAAUUUCAAUUUGAUGACCCAGCAGCCACUGUUGAUCAACACGCCUCAACGAAUGUCUCAGGAUGAUGAAAGUCCAACAACGUUCAAUAAUUUGGCCAAUAAUUUAAAUAUUGGCUUGACUGAUGAUACGGCAUUGGCAUUGUGUCAGCUACAAAUAACCACAGAUCAUCCGGUGGGUGCUGGCAGUAUUGAAGAUAAUCAUUAUGCAGCAACAAUGGCGGAUAAAUUUCAAACGGAUGGUGGUAAAGCCCAAAGGCAUUCAGCGUUUUAUGAAGAUAAUCUACCCGGUGACAGUAAUAUGGAAUUAAAUGAAAUGCACGACAUCAAGGAUACCAAUGAUGUCAAAUCAUCAAAAUCAUGCCCAGCUAUCUAUAAAAUAUCAAAACAACGGGAUGGCACAACGUUGCAUGAACUGCUGACGGAAGACCUAAAGAAGGGACUGCGUUUAAAUGUUCCCACCAAUGUAGAGGAGGCGGAAAGUGAAACACCGUUACACCACAAGCCAAUUAUGGAAGAUAAACUUAAUAUUAUUUUAGAUGAAAAUGGCAAAUCCAUACUUGUUAAUGCUAUAGCUGCUGCAGCAACCGCAACAACAACAUCAAAAGACAUUACUAGACCAGCCGAGAAAAUUGAAACAUCGUCAUCAGCAACGGCGGCAGCAGCAGCAACUGUUACCAAUAGAUUUAUGCAUAAUAAUUUAGAAACAGUACCACAACAACAACAACAACAACAGCUGUGUGGUACAACAAAUGUACCCUACGAUUCACUUAGUAGUUCAGGCUUUGGUAGUUCAAAUAAUGCAGAUGAUAAUAAUAGUGAAAUUCGCACCAAUUCCACAACUUCACCAUCGGCAUCAUCAUCAUCUCUUAUGCCAUCAUCAUCGUCCUCUACCUCUACAUCAUCUGGAUCAGCCUCUUCUUCUACGUCAUCAUCGGGUAACUCAUCAUAUCCUACAAAUAAUAAUUCUCCUUCUUCACCGUGUUAAAAUUUAGUGUAGCUAUAUUUUU